UUUCAGCGCACCACUGCUCCUUGCGGGAAUGGAAUACUACACAGCGCGUUCCUGAGCGACUCGUGGCUUCACUUGCCCCACGACUUGGAAUAGCAUAAUGUUCACCACGCCGAGCAUGGGACUCGUAUUUGACUACAGAGAAAAUGGAGUUGAAGUUAGGAAUGGCACCAAGGAACCCUUAACCUUUACGGACGAACCCUCAAGAAAUGAUUCAUGUGGGGACCAGAUGUUUGACAUGAGCACAGUGGAAUCAGUUAUCAUUGGAAUUACCCUGUCUAUCAUCACUGCGGUAACUGUCAUAGGGAACACAUUGGUAGUUAUAGCGGUAUGUGUGGUCAAAAAACUUCGUCAGCCCUCCAACUAUCUGCUUGUGUCUCUGGCAGUUGCAGACCUUUCAGUUGCGCUGGUCGUAAUGCCCUUUGUUAUUGUAACCGACCUGACCGGAGGUACUUGGCUAUUUGGAGAGGUUUUCUGCAACAUCUUCAUUAGCAUGGAUGUAAUGUGUUGCACAGCAUCAAUAAUGACAUUAUGUGUCAUCAGCGUUGACAGGUACCUUGGCAUCACCCGGCCUCUGACCUACCCUGCGAGGCAGAACGGGCAGCUGAUGGCCAAGAUGAUCGCGGGCGUGUGGCUGGCGUCGGCCUCCAUCACGCUGCCCCCGUUCUGCGGCUGGGCGCAGAACGUCAACGCGGCGGGCGUGUGCCUGAUCAGCCAGGACGUGGGCUACACGCUCUACUCCACCGCCGUGGCCUUCUACAUCCCCAUGGCCGUCAUGCUCAUCAUGUACUACAAGAUCUUCCGCGCCGCCCGCAAGAGCGGCGCCAAGCACCGCUUCACCGCCCUGGCGCCCUGCCCGUGGCGGGACCAGCCGGCGGACGCCGUGCCGCCCGUCGAGGGAUUCGGCCCGAAGGGCGUGCGUCCGGCCCCGGCGGCGGCGGUGUUGCCGGCCAGGCCUCCCGGCGAGGAGUGGUCGCUGCUGGCGCGCCUGCUCCACCACGAGCGGCGCAGCGCCUCGGUGUUCCGGCGCGAGCAGAAGGCGGCCACCACGCUCGGCGUGAUCGUGGGCGUCUUCUCCGUGUGCUGGCUGCCCUUCUUCGUGUUCACCACGGCGCGGCCGUUCGCCUGCGGCGCCCUCUGCAGCUGCGGCCCCGCCUGGCUGGAGCGCACGCUCCUGUGGCUGGGCUACGCCAACUCGCUCAUGAACCCCUUCAUCUACGCCUUCUUCAACCGCGACCUGCGCUCCACCUACCGCGACCUGCUGCGCUGCCGCUACCGCAACAUCAACCGCCGCCUCUCCGCCAUGGGCGUGCACGAGGCCCUGAAAGUGUGA